AUGGAAUCUACAUCUCUAUUAUUUUUAGAUGUGGAUCUGACAAUAUCACAUGUUGAAUGUCUUCCCAAGGAUAUCCUGGUGAAAUUUCAAGGCAGAAAUAAUGAUGAAUGUGAGUUUGACUACCACAUACUGCAGAGGGAAUUACAGCAUAUUCCCAAAAUAAAAACUAACGUGGACAUUGGUGAAUUUUGCUUGGUGGAAGAAAAAGUAUCUGGAGAAUGGCAGAGAGGAAGAGUUGUGGAAAAGAAAAAUGAACUCUAUACAGUGCUCCUUAUAGAUUGUGGGGAAGAACUGAGAGUUGAUGGUGCGCAGAUUGCUUCAGCCUGUGACAAUUUAUUUGAGCUUCCACCACGUGUAGUGUUUGGGUUUUUUGCCAACAUACUACCAAUUGGGGAAAAGUGGUCUCCUAAGGCUUUGAAUUAUUUCAAGUCAUUAGUAGGAAUACAAGUGAAAGGUUAUGUGCAAGCUAUUUUGCCUCUGCAAAUGAUUCUUCUUGAAGUACCAAAAAUUAUAUCCCAGACUCUUGAAUUAAAGUUAGGGAGACUUAUCGAUGAAGAUUCAUUUCGUCUUAUUGUGGAAAUGUCAAAAGAAUUCUCCCAACCAAUUCCAGAUUUAUUACAACAUAAAAGACCUGAAUUGUCAUUAAGUGAUAAUGAUACUUUACUUGAUAGUCAACAUGUUUUGGAUAGUUUGCAGCCAUCUUUGUCAGUAGGAAGUAUUGAAAGUAUAAAGGUAUCAUCUGCAUUGAGCCCAAGUAAAUUUUACUGUCAAUUAAUUAAAUGGAUUCCAGAGCUAGAAAACUUGACAAUGUGUAUGACUUUGCAUUAUGAUAUUAUCAGCCAAGAAACUAGUCCAACGUGUGAUAAUUUUGGAUUACUUUGUGUUGCCAAAAGGAGAAAUGGACAGUGGCAUAGAGGGGUUCUUCAGAAGCUCUUGCCCAAUAAUCAAGUAAAAAUUUGGUUUAUGGAUUAUGGCAGUAGUGAGGCUGUAUCUUCAGUUCAUGUAAAGAAACUUAAACAGGAUUUUAGUUUAGUACCAUUAUUUUCAUUUCCUUGUUCUCUGACAUAUUUACACAGUCCAGAUAGAGAUACAAGAAAAAUUCAAUUGAGUAUAUUUAGACAAGCCUUGUUAGGACAAAUAGUAUAUGCAUAUAUUGAUAGGUUUAACAAGGAUGAGCAUGUGUACUGUGUGACAUUACAAACUCAAGAGUCUACAAUUAAUUCUAAGUGUCUGCUGCAGGCUGUAGGCCCACAAGUACUUUGUCCAGUGUCUGAUUCAAAAAUUUCCAGUAUCUUGAGUGAGACAAGUGCUUCUAAUGUAAACAGACUUGCAGUUGAGGGUUUUACUGGAAAUACUGAAUGGUCAAUAGAAUCUCUAAAUAGAAAAGACAUUUUCAAGGUAGGUUUUCCUAUUAAAACUGUAGAAAUGGAGGUGGAGGCUGCCUACAUAGCUUUUGUAGCAUAUGUAUUAAACCCAUCAAAUUUCUGGAUACGUGCUAAUGACCAUCAGAAUGAAUUUCAAGAUGUAAUGAAAAAUAUAAACAUAUUUUAUGACUUGUGUAAAAAUGAUGAACUGAUUCUAAGAAAUCCUGAACCUGGAUUAUUUUGUUGUGCUAGAUAUAGCAAGGACAGACAUUUUUACAGAGCUGUCAUCACUGACAUUAAUGGUUAUAAGAUUAAUGUUUAUUUUUUGGAUUAUGGAAAUACUGAUUCCAUACCAUUUUUUGAUGUAAAAAUUUUGCUUCCAGAGUUUUGUGAGUUGCCUGCCUUGGCCAUGCACUGUUCACUUGCACAUUUAUUUCCUGUUGAAGAUGUAUGGGUGAAGGCAGCAGUUGAUUAUUUUAAAAAUAUUGUUUUGAAGAAAACAAUUUUGCUUCAAGUUAUAGCAAAAAAAGAUGACAAGUACACUGUAAAUAUUCAGAGUAUUGAAACCUCAGAAAAUAUUGAUGUUGUCUCUCUUAUGUUACAAGCUGGAUAUGCAGAAUAUUGGGAAGUAGAACCAGAAUGUUGUCCAAAAUCUAUACGUGAAUAUUCAGUGUUAAAUUUAAAAUCUAAAAACAAAGUUAAUAUUAAAAAAGUCGUAUCUGGCCUCGAAAGACCUAAACUUAAAAAGUACCAUUCAAAUAAGCCAGAAGAAAAUAACUUGUCUUUGUCAAAAUCCUCUGUUGUUAAUUUUUCUGAUUUAAAAAAUCCUUCCACCUUCCCAAUGGGACCAGGGUCAUCAGGGCCUUAUAAAGAAUAUAUGUUUAAACCAGGAACAGUUGUUGAAGUUAAAUGUUCUUAUUACUAUGGCCCAGGUGACUUUUCAUGUCAGCUUCAAUGUAAGUUAGAGGCUUUAAAAUUAUUAAUGGAAGAAAUUCAGAAUUAUUAUAGCCUUCAUUCUGAUCCUUAUCAGGUUGGGCAGAUUGCUUGUGUUGCUAAGUAUUCCAAAGAUGGGAAGUGGUAUAGAGCUGCUGUUUUGACUCAAGUGUCAAAAAAAGAAGUUGACGUAGUAUUUGUUGACUAUGGUUAUCAAGAAAAGGUUUUAAUUAAAGAUCUUUUUGCUAUCAACCCACAUUUUCUGUUUUUGGAAAGCCAAGCCUUCAGAUGUUGUCUUAACUACUUAGUGGAACCCAUUAGUUGUAAAUUAUUAAUGUGGACAGGAGAAGCAUCCAGAGAAUUUGGGAAUUUUAUUUCUUCAUCUAGAGGGUUAUUGACUUGUAUCGUCUGUGCCUUAGUUCUUGUACAUCCAAACUAUUCAUAUAAUUUAGUGGAUUUACAAUCUUCAUUUAUUAGUGCAAAAGAAUUUCUUAUUAAUCAUGGCUCUGCCCAGUAUAGCACAGUAUCAGAGCCACUUCCAUCUUCAGUUAGUCUUCACAGUUACUGUUAUUCUUCCUUUAAUAUAAAAAUUGGAAGUGAAGAAGAAGUAUAUAUAUCUCACAUAUAUAGUCCCCAAAAGUUUUAUUGCCAGCUUAGUAGAAAUAAUAAAGAUCUAGAAAUGAUAGAAACAAAAAUCACAGAGGUUAUUAACCUCAAAAAUUGUCCAAAAUAUGAUUUUAAUAAGAUGAGAUUGUGCAUAUGUAAGUGUGUAGAGGAUGGUCUUUCAUAUAGAGCUUUAGCAGUGCCAACAGAUUCAUCAUCUGACUUUUUAGUCUAUUUUGUGGACUUUGGAAAUAAGCAAUUAGUCGGGGAAAAUAUGUUGAGAGCCAUUUCACAUCAGUUUCCAGAGUUGCUGCUAACACCUGUGCAAGCUAUUAAGUGUUUUUUGUCAGGUCUUAGAGAUGUAGAUAUUCCAGCAGAAAUCAGCAGCUGGUUUGAAGACAAUUUUUGUGGAAAACCAUUAAAGGCAGUAAUAUUGUCCAGGGAGUCAGAUGGCCAGCUUGGUAUAGAAUUGUAUGAUGGAUAUCAACACAUAAAUCACAAAAUUAAAAUGUUGCUCCAUGAUUAUGAGAAAAAACAUUGUGACCAAGAACAUUGUAUGGAAGAGAGUCAUAACAUAAAUAAGAAUAAAAGACUUGCUCCUUCUUUGAAAGGCAAAAUAGAAAACAGCCCUGACUAUAAUAUGACAAAUAGAACUAGUCUAGUAACUUAUUCUGAAAGCAAAAUGGAUCAAUUAAUGCAUCCCAAAGGUACAUACACCAGCCUUUUGAAACCAUCAGUUUGUUGUAAAAUUGAAACUGUGUCAAAAAACAAAGUGAAGAAGUCUUUGAAUGAUAGACUUAAAGUUGUAAAAAUUGUCCCGGGAUUUGCACAUGUUCUUGAUGAAAGUGAUAUGGGCCAAAAUUUAGCAAAGGUUGUAUCCAUCAGAGACUUAAGUCAAGCAGCCUUACAAAACCCAAAUAACCUUAUUAGACCACAGGUUAAAGAUCUUCCUGAACCCAAAAUUUACUUGAAUGCAGAAGUUAAGGGAUAUGUUUCUAAUAUCAGUAAUCCAGCAAGUUUCCAUGUUCAGCUUGCUGAGAAUGAAAAUGUAAUUAUUAGACUUGCAUAUGCUCUAAAUGAAAGAAGAGCAAAUAGAGUGAAAGAGAAAAAAUCAAUUAAACUUCUUGUGGGAGAUCUUGUAGCUGCAGAAUACCCUGGUGACAGGGCCAUUUAUAGAGCAGUCAUUAAGAAAAUUUUGCCGAGAAAUUCUUUUGAAGUGGAAUUUAUUGACUAUGGUAACUCUGAAAUAGUAGACACAUCUAAAAUUUAUGAACUUAAGAGGGAAUUCUUAACUAUUCCUCAGCUAGGAAUUCAUUCUUUUCUUAGUGGAGUAAAAUGGAAUGAGCCUGAUGAAAUAUGGGACAGCAAAACUGUGGAUUAUUUUGUUUCGAUUGUAAGUAACAAAACAAUUUCUUGUGAAUUUUUGAAAAAGCAUGAGCAGAAGUGGGAAGUAAAUAUAAUUUGUGAUGAAAAAUGUGUCGUUAAUGAAGUACUGAAAUGGACAGCAUAUUCAAAACUACAGAAGACAGUAUUGCAAACACCUCAGGUUGUCUCUCAAAAGGUGAGCCCUGGUGAUGAUAAUGAAAUGAAGAAAGGAAGAUCAAAUGAAUAUGAAGAUUCUAUGAUCCAUCAACCAUUGUGCCAACAGCUGGUUAAAAUUCCUUUUGAAGAGCUAAAACCUGGACAACUUGAAAAAGCUAAAAUACUUCGUGUUUCAAAAUGUGGUAGAUUUUAUGUGCAGUUAUCUAAAAAUAAAAAAAAAUUAUCAGAUUUAAGAGUAUUAAUUAAAAAAGAAGGAAAAAACCCCUCUUUACCAACGAAAAAUAUUGAAAAAGGCUUAGAAUGCUUGGCAAAAUCUAAAAAAACUUCACAGUGGUAUCGCUCAAAAGUAGAAAAAAAGUAUGUUGAUGAGAAAGUGCUUGUUUUUUUAAUAGAUUGUGGUAGGUAUGAAAUAGUGCCUUUAUGUAAUAUAAAGAUGCUUAGUAAUGAAAUCAGAAAUAUUCCAAGACAAGCUGUGCCUUGUAAAUGGAUUUGGUUUGAAAAUUCUAGGAAUGCGCCAUUUGAAUCCAUUGUGUGCUCACCUGCUCAUUUGAAAAUAAACAUCCUUUUCUUGAAAUAUUUAGAUUCUGUUUGGGAAGUAGAAAUUUUGGUAGAUGGCCUGUUACUUUUGGAAUAUUUAAAUUUAUAUACAGUUCAGGUUGAAGAAAACAAACUUAGAUCUCCAGAAAUUAUUUUCAGUGUGGAUUCUGAGACUCCUGGGUCAUCAUGUGUAAUAAGAUCAUUUACCUGGGCACAACUCCAAAAUGGUAGACAGUGCUCUGGUAUUGCAACUGCUGUUUCUAAUCCAUCAGAGUUUUGUGUUCAGUUAGAAGAUUUCUUUGACACAAUGAAACAUCUCUUUAUUUUGCUUUCUGACCUACCAGAAACCUUACAAACAUUGCCUCAAGAGCUUAUAAUUCCUGGUUCUAAUUGUUUGUUCAAAUAUGACUUGGAGGAUCAGUGGAAUAGAGUAGAAAUUUCAGAAGUCUCUGAUCAGUCUUUACUCCUGGUGUUGAUUGACUAUGGAUUUUCUGUUUAUAUACCUUAUUCGGAUACAAUAAACCUUAAAGUUGUUCCUGAGGAACUUUUGAAUUUGCCAAGGCUAAGUUAUCCCUGUAUGUUAUAUGGUAUCUUACCUGCUAAAGGGAAACAUUGGAGUGAAGAAGCCAAAAGAUUUUCUCAAGAUUUCCUAAGCAAACCAGGCUUAGUUUUUCAGUUUAGGGAAUUUAGUGUUGAAACAAAACUGAAAGUAGAUGUCAUUCAUGAGAAAAACAAUUUGGCAGAUAUAUUGGUUGCAUCUGGUCUUGCAAUGUAUUCUAGAGAUUCAGCUCAUCUUGAUGCAGUUACUGGUACUGGACCUACUAAAAUCCAAUAUAAAUUACAGAGUGAGCCUGUUCGCCCCUUGUUAGAUCAAAAUUGUUACAAAAAAGAAAAUAUAAAUUGCAUAUGCACUGAGAAACAAAAGCUAAAAAACCAGAAACCUAUAAAGAGGAAAGAUGUCUGUAAGAACCUCUUAAGGAAAAGCCACAUUAGUAAGCGAUUACAUUCUAGAAAUUUAACACUGAGAAAAAAAGUUGGUAGUGAAAAACGUAAUCCCCAAAGUACCAUUACAUUGGAUACAUGUGCAGCAGCUUCAUUUUGGGAACUGCCUGAUGGUUUGAAGAAUAAUACCAAAGGCAUUGAAAACAUUUUCAAAAAGCUACCAAGUGAAAGAAUACAGGAAAAUGAGAACAUAAUGGACUUGAGAACAGCAGGGAAAACAUUGCACGUUAAUGAAAAAUUAUAUCACAAGAACACUUAA